AUGUCAUCAAGAAUUAUAAAGGAGAAUAGAAGAUUGGUGUUGAGUCUUUAUAGAAGGUGUAUGAGGUCAUGUCUAGAGUGUCCAAAGUUCUCAAACAGAGAGAUGAUGACAUUCUAUACAAGACAGAAGUUUAAUGAUAACAAAGUAAUCAAUCCUAAGGAUAUAGAGACGAUAGAGUCAUUGUUGAAACAGGGUGAAGAGGAACUAGCAUCAAUGAAUCAAUAUCAUGAACGUAUGAUAUCA